UGCGGGGACAGUGACAGCCGGGCCGGGCCCGCUCCCGCCGCCGCCGACGGCCAGUCCCUGCCCGGGGAACAUGGAGAGGAGGAGCCGCCCGCGCCUGCUGCUGCUGCUGCUGCGCUACCUGGUGGUCGCGCUGAGCUGUCAUAAGGUCUAUGGAUUCUCCGCCCUGAAAGACCAAGUAGUUACAGCAAUAGAAUAUCAAGAGGUUAUUUUAGCCUGCAAAUAUCCAAAGAAGACCACUUCCUCCAGAUUAGAGUGGAAGAAGCUGGGGCGGAGUGUCUCCUUCGUCUACUAUCAACAGUCUCUUCAAGGUGAUUUUAAAAAACGAGCUGAGAUGAUAGAUUUCAGUAUACGGAUCAAAAAUGUUACCAGAAGAGACGCUGGGAAAUACCGUUGUGAAGUGAGUGCCCCAUCGGAGCAAGGCCAGAAUCUGGAGGAGGACACGGUCACUCUGGAAGUCCUAGUGGCACCAGCGGUUCCAUUCUGUCAAAUCCCUAAUUCUGCUCUGAGCGGGACUGUGGUAGAGCUGCGAUGUCAUGAAAGAGAAGGGAAUCCGGCUCCUGAAUACACCUGGUUUAAGGACGGCAUCCGUUUGCUGGGAAACCUAAAGCGUGGCUCACACGGCACCAAUAGCUCAUACUCAGUGAAUACAAAAUCUGGAACUCUGCAAUUCAACACUGUUUCAAAACUGGAUAGCGGCGAAUAUUACUGCGAAGCUCGUAAUUCUGUUGGACAUCGCAGGUGUCCUGGGAAACGAAUGCGAAUAGAUGACCUCAACAUUAGUGGCAUCAUAGCAGCAGUGGUCGUCGUGGUUCUGGUGAUUUCUGUGUGUGGCCUGGGUGUGUGCUACGCUCAGAGGAAAGGUUACUUCUCAAAAGAACCUUCCUUCCAGAAGAGUCAUUCACAUUCAAAGGCUACGACAGUGAAUGAAAAUGAUUUCAAGCACACAAAAUCCUUUAUAAUUUAAAAGAAUUCUACUUUUGAAAUAUACCAAAACCACAGUUGUUACACAAGUUAUUAAAAAAUAUAUAAAACUCUGUUUUGUCUUACAUUUGCAAAGAGAUAUACAAGGAAGAGAGAUUGGUGUUUCAUUAUCAUUUUAAUGAUGGUUCCGUCACUUGAAAUUAUUUUAAGCAAAUCUGUCACCAUCUAAAAUAGUCUGGCUUCUGUGUUUGGACUGAGUAUUAAAAAAAUGGAGAUACUUCAUAAUAUUCUAGAAUAGUAAAAUAUUAGAUGUUCUAACUUCUAGAGAAAGUUACUAAAACAUAUUAUGCUGAAGGUAAAAGUAAUUCACAGGACUUGAAAGUAUCAACUGCAUGUACCUUCUAUGCCAGAGAUUUAGAAGGUUCAGGAAAAACUGGCAGACGCAAAAGAAACCCCUGAUCUCAUUUCUACCAGAUUCCUCUUCUCUCCUUCACCUGGCAGAUAAUCGUUAUUUUUGCUGCUCAUUUAACACUGAAGGAAAUAAUAGGAGUGAGCCUUUUAUCAAGAAUUUGUACUUUGAGUUUACUUUCAUUCCUGCCAACCCAAAGCAAGAUAAAGAAAAUUACCCAACCAGAGCGCUCUUGUCCGACGUGUUGAUGGUUUCAUUAAAU